ACCGGGAGGAUGUCCGUAUUCCCGCCCUCGGAACAUUUCGCGAACAAAACUUCGUACUCAACUUUGAUUUAAUCACGCGAUCGUUUUAAAUGGUAUGUAAACGAGUAAAAGAGACGAAUAUAGAACAUGAAAUAUCAAUGUUUCAAAGUGAAUAAGCAACUGAAAUGUUUAGAAAAUGUGCUUUAAAGGAGACUCAAUCUUAACAAAUAAUAUCAAACCUUAAUUUUACCAAAAUUCGUACAAAAGUCGCUUUACAAUAUUAGUUACCUGCGGAUAUUAUAAAACCAAAAAUACCUAUUUCUCAACUAGCGAUCGUAAUGGACGGGAACAAUAAAUGGACCAUGUCCAAAAAAUUCAAGGCAAUCUGAAGAUGCUUGUGUCAGUGAGAAGGACCGCGUGACAAGAUGUGUAAGAACGUGAAGAGCGUGACGUGGGAGACUGAGACUUUGAUGGGCGGGCCGCCCAAAUCGCGGUGGGGGCAGUUGUGUCCCAGGGCGGCGCUGUCACAUGUUGGGCUGUUCGUCGCGCUCAUGCUUUAUACUGCUGGAGGAGGCUUGGUUUUCCGAGCAUUAGAAUAUCCAGCAGAACUAGCCAAACAAGAGUUCCAUCGGGAGCGUUUGCUUACAGAGCGAUGGAACCUCAUACGCUUCGUUUCCGAACGCAACGGGAACAUUACAUUAGAUGCUGGUGUUGAAAAAGUACUCAGCGAUCAAUUAGCACUUUAUGAAAAGGUUUUAGAAGAAGCAUCUUCGAGUGGCCUAUCAUUAGAAGUAGAAAGAAAUUUUCCACCCCUAGAAGAGAAAUGGAGCAUAUUACAAGCCGUAUUCUUUUCUUCCACAGUGCUCACUACAAUAGGAUAUGGGAACAUUGUUCCCGAAACUUUUUGGGGGAGAUUAUUCUGCAUCGCUUACGCACUUAUUGGGAUCCCAUUGACGCUAACAGUUAUUGCCGACCUGGGUCGAGUGUUUGCGACUUGCGUUUCGUUUAUAGCUAAACAGUUGCCUGCAAUGCCCCAGUGUUGUAAAAGAGUCAGUGAAGCGAACCCCGCGAGUCAGAGGUCCCUCUACGCGUUUGGUGCUGUGGGGUUUUUAUUCGUGUAUCUGUCUGCUGGAGCAGGCCUCUUUAAGAUGUGGGAGGACGACUGGAGCUUCUACGAUGGCUUCUACUUUUGUUUCAUUACCAUGACCACCAUUGGUUUUGGGGAUCUGGUACCAAAAAGGCCGAAAUACAUGCUUCUAUGCACGCUCUACAUUUUAAUCGGGUUGGCUCUCACUUCGACUAUCAUCGAGCUGGUGCGACGGCAGUACGCCAGGUCCUGGCAACAGUUACGGGCGCUCUCUGGCCCGCUGGCGGACACGCUGCGAAGACUCGGCGACGCCGGACGUGGAGUCGACGUGUCUGACCUUCGGAAAGUUCUCACUGUGUUGCAUCUUUCGCAGGUGACAAUGCCGCGACUGAGCGUCGGCAAGGAAGGCCUGUCAGAGAAACGUCAGCUGGAGUGGGAGGCGGCAGUGGAAGCUGUCAUACGAGACAUCACGUCUCCCACCACCCCACAGGCCAAGCCGCCUAUCGUCCAAAUAGUCAUAUACGAAUCUUCAGUAUAGUCUUGUAAGAAUUUGGUACUCGCGAUUGCAAUGUAUUGAAUAUGUUAUGUGUGUAAAGGUGAGAAUCUAUCAAAGUUUGAAAACUUUAUGGCAAGGCCAGCUACAUCGAGAAGCAUUUGAAAAGAACCCCAACGGAAUCUCACCGUUACAUUUAUAAAAGUACAGUUGUAUCUGAAAAGUUUCGCACUGAAAAAAUAUUCUCUGUCAACGCCAAAGCAUUACUUCACCAGGCUUCACUGUAACCUUAUAAAGCUUCGAGCAAAUUAUGUCAUUUUGGCGGUAAUGAAGAUUAUCUUUCGGUGCUCCCUAUUGUUUGAGCAUUCUAUUACGCCACAAUCACGAGGGCUGAUCACGAAUGCGUUAGUUCCGCGUGACAUUUCUACAUUACGGAACUUACACCUAAAGUUCAAGGCCCUUUUAUCGAUUCUGCAAUGAUGUGUAACAAUAAAGUCACGAGUAUGUUAUUCUUUACAAGUUUUAUGUCCAAGAAAGGCGACAGACA